UGCAAACUUUGUCCUUGUUUCUUACGGGAGCAUUAGCCGAGAGGCUAGGCGUGGUUGUUCUAGGUGGAUCAGAUUUGGGUUUCCCACAAUAGACAGCAGUCAGUACUUAGCAAAGGUGGAGGGGUUCAAAGAUGUUGCUCCAGUUCCUCUCUGUCCUCUGGGAGACCUUGUCUCUGUGGGUGUUCCUAGUGUUCCUGGCUAUACUUCUGCUCAUUGCUGAUUACAAGAAACGGAUUCGUCCAAGGGAUUUUCCACCAGGGCCCUUGCCUCUUCCUUUCCUGGGUAAUAUUCUUGAUGUGGAUUCCAAAAAUCCUCAUUUUGCUGUAAGAAAGCUUGCACAAAAACACGGCAAUGUUUUCAGCAUGCAGUUUGGAAACAUGUGGCUUGUGAUUGUAAAUGGAUUGUCUCUGGUAAAGGAAGGUCUUAUCCAACAGGGUGAAAACUUUGUAGAUCGUCCCAAAUUUCCUCUUACCUAUGAAAUUUUUGGGCCGUUUGGACUGGUCUUCUCUAAUGGUCUUAUCUGGAAACAACAAAGACGAUUUGCCUUAUCAACUCUCAGAAACUUUGGUUUGGGCAAAAGAUCUUUAGAAGAACGGAUACAGGAGGAGAGCAGAUAUCUAACUGAUGCAAUUGAAGCUGAGAAAGGCCAGCCGUUCAACCCUCACUUUCAGAUCAAUAAUGCUGUUUCAAAUAUCAUUUGCUCCAUCACUUUUGGGGACCGCUUUGAUUACCAUGACAAUCAUUUCCAGAAGUUAUUGCAGUUGCUCGAUGAGACAUUACACCUUCACGGAAAUAUUUGGGCCCAGGUGUACAAUUCCUUUCCAACUCUCAUGAAGCACUUGCCAGGGCCUCAUCAAACUCUUUUGAAAAACUGGAGACAAAUGGAAUCCUUUGUGAGAGAAAUCAUUGGAAAACACAAAAAAGACUGGAACCCAUCUGAACCAAAAGACUUCAUUGAUGCUUACCUAAAUGAAAUGGCCAAGGAGUCUGUGGCUUCCAGUUUCCAUGAAGAAAACCUCCUGUAUUCAACACUGGAUCUGUUUUUUGCUGGAACAGAAACCACUUCUACAACCCUGCGCUGGGCUUUGCUGUACAUGGCCAUUUAUCCAGAAGUUCAAGCGAGAGUCCAAGCUGAAAUAGACUCUGUGAUUGGUCAGUCUCGUCUGCCAGCGAUGGAUGACAGGGACAGAAUGCCCUAUACCAAUGCAGUUGUUCAUGAAGUUCAAAGAAUAAGCAACAUUUUGCCUCUGAAUGUUCCCCGGAUGACAACUACUGGUACAACACUGGCUGGGUUUCAUUUGCCCAAAGGAACCGUUUUGGUCUUCAACUUGACAUCAGUGCUGUUUGACAAGGAUGAGUGGGAAACACCCGAUGUGUUUAAUCCUGGCCAUUUCCUGGAGAAUGGUCAGUUCAGGAAAAGGGAAGCAUUCCUGCCAUUCUCUGCAGGAAAACGAGUUUGUCUUGGAGAGCAGUUGGCUAGGGUGGAGCUUUUUCUUUUCUUCACUGCCCUACUUCAGAAGUUCACUUUCCAGGCUCCAAAGGAUGUGACGUUAAACCUUGACUUUAGGAUGGGUCUUACAGUGAGCCCCCAGCCAUACCGAAUAUGUGCAUUCUGUCGCUAAGGGAACCCAUUUUAUGGCAUUGCUAUUAAAAAAAAAAAGAUAAGCAGCUAGCAUCGCCUCUGUUUCUGUUCUUCUUGUCGCUUGGUUCCACAGUUAACAAUGUCCUGUUGUUAUGUCUUGCCCCCUUAAUGCCAGUAGUUGUUCAAAGUGACCUUGGUUAGUACAUGGGAUGGAAACGGACCUACAGUGUAAUCCCAACCAGGUUUACCCAGAAGUAAGUCCUAAUGAAUUCAAUAGGACUUGUCUCAGGUAACUAGAGUUAGGAUUGCAGCCUUAGUUCAGUAAGACUUUUAUACCUCUUGUUCCCAGUCUUUUACUUUCACCCCCCUCUCUUUCCUUACCCAUACAGGCUUGAAAAGGUCACGUCUAGCCUGUCUAAGACAUAUAUUAAUGACUUGUAAUGUAUUUAAAGUACAAAGCAGAAAUAAUGUCCCCUAUUUUACUGAGAGGAUAGUUAUAGGACAGUUCUACAGACGGUCAAAUUGUUAGCAAGACUCCUCUGUAGACGUGUGUUUCACAUUCACGUCUUGUGAAUUAGGAUCUUAGACAUCUUGUCAAUUAGGAUCUUUAGACAUUGGCAAUAGUGCGUCUUGGCAGAUUUACCCAGUAACUUACACUCAUACAGAUCUUAAACAUGGGGAUAUUUUUUGAGCAUACACACACAGAAUCAAUAUACACAUUUAACACUCCAAUGGGGAAUAGCUCAGUAACAGUGUAGAUCUACUGACAUCAC